GCCGCUGGCGCUAAUGGCCAGUCGCGUGCCGCUUCUUCCGCCGCCGUCGUCUCUGCUGCUGCUGCUCUGCCUUGCCGUCUCGGCAGCCGGCAACGUGCCAGCGCCGGCGGUCGUCUCGAAGCCGGGCUGCCCGACGAGGUGCGGCGCCGUGGACAUCCCCUUCCCGUUCGGCAUCGGCGAUCACUGCGGACUUGAGGCGCCUUAUACAAAUUACCCGUUCAAGUUCAACUGCGUGUCCGUCGAUGGCACCAGCAAGCCUUUCUUCAGGGGUAUGGAGGUAACCAAGAUCUCCAUGGAAGACGGCAAGGCCUGGAUGAAGAUGAACAUAUCCAAGAACUGCUACGACCAGUCAACGGGCACCAUGAAGGACAACACCAACACAACAUCUGUGCAUUUCGGUCGCUCUCCUUUCUGGAUAUCGGAUAAAGACAACAAGAUAAUCGUCAUCGGGUGCGAAACAUUUUCAUAUAUGCAGAUCAAUAAUGUUUUAACAGGUUGUGUGCCAUCAUGUGGAGAAGACCCUAAGAACGGCAUAUGCUCUCUUGAAGCGGGAUGCUGCAAACUUGAUUUCCCCAACGGCACAUGGUAUUAUAAUGCCUUUUUUAAUAAAAACAAUAGCACCAGUCCUUGCAGCUACAUAACAGUGAUGGAAACCACGACCUUCAACUUUAACCAAACAUACUUCAAGUCCACUGCAUUCUAUGACACGUACAAAGGGUUGGCUUCGGUUUCCCUAGACUGGAUCAUAACAAUGGAUUCAUGUGAUAAAGUCGAGAGAAACACUACUUCAUAUGCAUGUGUUAGUGAAAGAAGUAGUUGUGUCAAUGAUCCAAAAGGAGGUUACCGUUGCAAGUGCUCUGAUGGAUACGAAGGCAACCCAUACGUAAAGGAUGGAUGCCAAGAUAUUAAUGAGUGCCUUGACAACGCUACUUACCCUUGUCCGGGAAUAUGCAAUAACACUUUAGGGAAUUUUACCUGCUCAUGUUACCCUGGGAGCUAUAUGAUGAAUGGUGUUUGUUUGCUAAAUCAGAAGUCUGGAUUUCCUAGAAAUCCAGUAAUAGGAGCAAGUGUUGGUGCAGUAGUACUGGUGAUUGUAAUUACUUAUGCAUGCUUCAUGAGAGAGAAGAGAAAGCUACAACACGUCAAACGGCAAUACUUCCGCCAGCAUGGUGGUAUGCUGCUAUUCGAAGAGAUGAAAUCUCAACAAGGCAUUUCAUUCAAAAUUUUCUCAGAAGAAGAAUUGCAACAAGCAACAAACAAAUUCGACAAACAGCAAGUUCUUGGCCAAGGUGGCAAUGCAACCGUUUAUAAGGGACUUCUCAAGGGAAACAAGGAAAUAGCCGUCAAAAGAUGCAUGACAAUUGAUAUGAAACAAAAGAAAGAAUUCGGGAAGGAAAUGCUAAUCUUGUCCCAAAUCAACCAUAGGAAUAUUGUGAAACUAUUGGGUUGUUGCCUCGAAAUAGAAGUCCCGAUGCUCAUAUAUGAGUUCAUUCCAAAUGGCACAUUGUUCUCUCUCAUCCACCACAAUCACAAUCAACGCGUCUCCUUGGAGACUCGCUUGCGCAUUGCACAUGAAUCUGCAGAAGCACUUGCUUAUUUACACUCAUGGGCAUCACCACCAAUACUUCAUGGUGACGUCAAGUCGUCAAAUAUCCUCUUAGACAAAGAGUACACAGCAAAAGUUUCUGACUUCGGUGCUUCCAUCCUAGCACCAACUGAUGAGUCACAGUUCGUCACCCUCGUGCAAGGAACUUGUGGAUACCUCGACCCCGAGUACAUGCAAACAUGCCAAUUAACAGAUAAAAGUGAUGUCUACAGCUUUGGAGUUGUUCUUCUAGAACUUCUCACAAGAAAGAAAGCAUUCAACCUCGAAAGCCCUGAAGAUGAAAGGAGCCUAGCCAUGAGGUUUCUAUCAGCCAUGAAGGAGAACAAACUUUCAGACAUUUUAGAUGAUCAAAUCAUGACGGGCGAGAAUUUGGAGUUUCUUGAAGAGAUUGCGGAGUUAGCAAAACAAUGCUUGGAAAUGUCCGGUGAGAAUAGACCAUUGAUGAAGGAAGUAGCAGAAAAGCUUGAUAGGUUGAGGAAAGUAAUGAAACAUCCAUGGGAGCAACAAAAUCCUGAAGAGAUGGAAAGCUUACUCGGACACUCUUCUUAUAAGAUCAACAGUGACUUGACAAUUGAGCACACCGGAAAUUUCAGCAUCAACAGUGAACUUGGGGUUCUAGAAUCUGGGCGAUAAGUAGAAAUUUUUUAUAUUGUGUCAGUCUAAUAGAUGGUUGAGUACUACUAGUUUGUUAUAAUGUACUCCGUCCCAUACUACCAUAUAUAUACCCACAUGUUGCAUCACAUAUGUCACAUAGGUGCCUUGUUGUAUCUUGAGAAUUGAGAGCAACUAUGUUCAAUUAUUUGAGUACAACUUUGUGAGUCUUUUGAGGCCAUGUAUCACCAUAUAUAAAGAAGCAAAUCAGAAUGUAAAGGC